AUGGGGAUCGAUGACAUUAGCGACGAUGAGCUGGAGCUGCUGAUGCAGCAGGUGGACGAACAGCAGCAGCAGCAGCAACAGCAGCGGCAGCAGCUUCAACAACAGCAGCAGCAGCAGCAGCAGCAGCAGCAGUUCGGCCACCUGCAACGGUCUGGUCAGCAGCAACAGGCGCAGCAGCUCGAGCAGCAUCUCAACGGCACGCUGCCUGGUCACGAUCGGCAGCAUGCAUGGCCAAUCCCGCAGCAGCAGCAGCAGCAGCAGCAGGAGGAGGAAGAGCAGUGGCGCCCGGGCCCUGACGCCUGGCUGCGGCUCAACGAGCAGCAGCGCGCCGCGGCAACGGCGGCCAAGGACGAGCCACUCCUGAUUCUGGCUGGGGCGGGCACCGGCAAGACCACCACGAUCGUGGCGCGCAUCCUCUACCUCAUACACGAGGCGGCUCUUGAGAUGGAGGAGAGGCUCAUCGAGGAGGGGAUGCCGGCUGGCGGCGGGGGCGUGACGGCCUGCACGUUCCAUUCGCUGUGCUUCAAGCUGGUCAAGACAUACUUCAGGGCCCUCGGGUUUUUGGCGCCGCCAGUGGUGUGGACAGGCGCCGAUCAAAAGGAGGCAGUGCGGGUGGCCAUCAGGGAGGCGCGCACCCGCAAGGCGCGUGUUGACCUGGCGCUGAUGCUCGACCUGCCCCAGCCGGAGCUCAAGACGUGGCCAGACAUCGCCAGGGCGGUCAGGGACCUGCACCCAGCGCUACAUGCCAGGUGGCUGCAGAAGGCAUCCAAGGUGCGAGAAGAUGCAGCGGCGGCCGCCAAGGCCAAGGUCGAGAAGCAGAGGCAGCAGCAGCAACAGCGGCAGCAGGGAGGGCGCGGCAAGAAGCGCGCGGCGCCUGCGGCGGCAGCCAGUGGCGAGGCGCAGCAGCAAGGGGGCGAUGCUCAGCAGCAGCAGCCGCAGCAGCAGCAGCAGCAGCAGCAGCAGCAGCAGCAGCAGCAGCAGCACAAGGGCGGCGCGCAGCCUGGCGUCAGCGGGAAGCGGCGGAAGCUGUCAGAAGCUGCGGCGGACCCUCGGCAGCAGAGGCUGAGCUUUGUCAAGCGGGAGCAGCAGCCGGCGUCGACUGCUGGCAGCUCGGGGCACGAGCGGUCCGUCCUGCAGCCGCAGCCGUCUGGGGGUCACUCGGAAGCGACGCACCCGCACGCUGCGGCGUGCACCACCUCGACCAUGCCGCCGCCGGCACUGCCGCUGCCGGCAGCCGUGAAACCGGAAGGUUUGGGGCACGAGCGACAGCAGCAGGUCAGGCACGGCGAGCCGGGCCAGGGGAAUGCCCUUCAUGAGCGUGUGAAGCAGGAGGGCGCAAACCAGGUGCAGCAGCAGCAGCAGCAGCAGCAGCAGCAGCAGCAGCAGCAGCAGCAGCAGCAGCAGCAGCAGGGGCUAGCACAGGGGCAGUCGCUGCCUGCGUUGGAGCGGAAGGGCACCGGGCAGGAGCAGCAGCAGCAGCAGCAGCAACAGCAGCAGCAGCAGCAGCAGCAGCAGCAGCAUGAACAGCGGCAAGGGCAGCACCAGGGCGCGGCGGCAGGCAGUGGGUCGCAGCAACAGGCGGGCGAGCAGGGAGGUGGCGGCGGCGGUGGACGAGACGAGGAGGUUGAUCUGGCCUUCUCAAUAUUCGGCGUCCACUCGAGCGUCAAGGAGCGAGAGCUGCUUUACGAGGAGGUUCGGGGCGCGCUGCGGCCGGAUGGCGAGGACGUGCUGCUGGGGGGCAAGGUGGUGGUGAAGGAGCUCAAACAGAAGCUGGACUGGCUGUCCAAGGCCAAGACGGCCGGCAACGGGCCCGAGGAGUUUGGCGGCCACGAGAACGGCGCCCUCUACCAUGCAUACCAGAGCACUCUGAGGCGCUGCAAUGCGGUGGACUUUGAUGACCUUCUGCUGAUGGGGCGCCGCCUCAUGACAGAGGAGGGCUUUGAGAGGAUCGCCGACAGGGUGCGCUCGCGAUACUCCCACCUGCUGGUCGACGAGUACCAGGACUGCAACUCUGUGCAGAUUGACCUGGUCAACGGGCUGCAGCAGGCGGCGCGCCAUGUCACCGUUGUGGGCGAUGACGCACAGUCCAUAUACAGGUUCCGGGGGGCGGAGCCGCGCGUGUUUGGUGUUUUCAAGGAGGGCUACGGCCACGCCGGCCUCCAGAAGAUGCUCAUCCUGCGCGUGGCUGAGGCCGUGCUGGAGGGCGUGAAGCUUGAGGCGAAGGAGCUGCGGCCGCACAAGACGGGCGUGGGGGAGCCCGUGGUCCUGGUCGAGGCCGGCACUGAGAAGGACGAGGCCGACUGGGUCGCGCAGCAAGCGGUCGAGCUGCACAAAUCUGGGGUGCCCUACAGCUCCAUGGCGGUGCUGCUGCGCUGCUUCAAGCUGGGCGGCGCCAAAUCCCACACGCCGCUGCAGGCGUCGUUCGCUCGGCUGCGCAUCCCCUUUGUGCUGGUCAAGGACACGGGCCUGUUUGAGCGGGCCGAGGUUGUAGACGUCAUCGCCUACCUCAGGCUGGCCCUGAACCCUGCCGAUGACGCCGCGUUCCUGCGCGUCCUCAACAAGCCCCCGCGCCGCCUGGGGCCGGCGCUGGUGGAGCGGCUGCAGCAGGAGCAGAGGGUACGGCUGGGUCAAGCAGACGAGCAGCAGCUCGUCGCCCAGCAGCAACAGCAGCAGCAGCAGCAGCAGCCGCAGCCGCAGGGGCCGGAGGGGGCGUGCCUGCUGCACAUCGCGCGCGACAUGCUGAGCGGGGGCGCCGUCGCGCCGGCGCACCGGCGAUCGCUUUCUGAGUUUGUGGCGAUGGUCGCUGACCUGUCAGCUGACGUCAUGGGGCUCCCGCCGGACGGCGCGGUGCUGCGGGCGCUGGAGCUGUCGGGUCUGCCGCGGUUUCUCAGGGAUCAGAAGCGGCGGCGGCGGGAGAAGGCGCGGCAGGGGGACGUUGCGGCGGAAAUGGCGGCCGCGGCGGGAGGCGAGGAGGAGGAGGGCGAAGGUGAUGAAGAGAAGGGAGAGGAGGGGGGGAACAAGAGGGGCGAAGAGGAGGAGGAUGAGAGCGAGCAGCGGGGCGGCGGCCGCGAGCACGGCGGGGCGGCGGGCAGCGGGGCAGGCAGCCGGGGCGGGCUGCGAGGACGAGCGCGGUCGGGGCGGGCCGGCGGCGGCGGCGGCGCGGACGCGAGCAGUGGGGACGAGGGGGACGAGGGGGAUGACAGCGAGGAGGAGGGCGGGGAGGUCGAUUUUGGCAGCGGAAGCGGCAGCGGCGGGGAGGAUGAUGGCGGCGGCGGCGGCCGCUGGCGCCCCGGCCAGGUCGGCGGUUCGGCCGAGGCGGCGCGCCGGCAGGCGGCGCGGGAGGCGCGCAAGCAGCUGCUGGUGACGAUGCCGCUGCGCGCGCUGUACUACGAGGCCCGGGCCUUUGCCGAAGACCGCCUUGAGAGCCUGGGGGAGGCCGCUGAGCUCGCCGCCGCCGCCGCCGCGCGCCGCGAGGCCGCGCGGCGGCGGGCAGCUGCGGCCGCGGAGGGGCCGUCGCAGGACGAAGGCGGGGCGCAGCGGGGGGAGCCGCAGCAGCAGCAGCAGCAGGAGCAGCAGCAGAAUGCUCAGGAAAUGCAGCCGCGCGACGGAGCACACAGGGCGCCGGAGGAGCCCGGCGCCAUGGUGCCCAGCCUGUUUGUGCUGGCGGCCGAGGCGGUGCAGGGGCUGUGGUCGCCGCGGGAGCUUCUGGCGAUGGGGUUUCCGCAGCAGCUGCUGGAACACAUGUAUGGGGUCUUUGGCAAGGGCCACGGUGCUGUGCGGGAGCUAGUGGCCCACGCCUCCCUGGCGCGGGAGCUGGCGCUGGCGGAGAAGUACCGCAGAGCAAAGCCCGGCAGGCGGCAGCAGGGGCAGCAGGAGGAGCAGGAGCAGCAGCAGGGCGGCGGCGAGGAGGGGCAGCAGCGGGACGGCGGGCGGGGUCAGGGGGCCAAGGAUGGCGCCGUCACCAUCAGCACCAUCCACGCCGCAAAGGGUCUCGAGUGGGACGUGGUGUUUAUGCCACGCAUUUAUGCCGGGUUCCUUCCGCUCGAUUACAGGCCGUCAAAGGAUGCCGCGCUGGAGGAGCAGUUAGAAGAGGCGAGGGAGCACUACGGAGAGGAGAGCCGGCUGGGCCACGUGGGCGUGACGCGCGCGCGCGAGCGGCUGUUCCUGUCCUACCCGCGGGUCCUGGAUGACUGGGUGAUCGAGGACCAAGACGGCUGCAAGCAGCGCGUGCGCGGCGCGAUCCUGCGGCCCCCUGCGUUGAGCCUGCCGCCCGAGAGCGAGCGGCUGCCGGCCCGCAGCCUGCUGGAGGACGACGGCGGGCCGGUGCUGGUGAGGACGGUGCUGCCUCGGAGCGCGGGCGAGGAGGAGAAUCAGCUGCAUUCGGCGAUCGACCUGCGCGUGCGGCAGCGGAAUGCGAAUCUCAGCGGAUGGAGCUUGAGUGAGCCGCAGGCCGCCGGCUCCCCCGUGCAGCACCAGCAGCAGCAAGGCGGCGCGGAAGACGGCAGAUGCGCCGCCGCGCAGCCGCAGCAGGCGCCGCCGCCGCACCAGACGCCGCGGGGCGUGCGCUGGGCCGACAGCGACGCUGCUGCGGGCCAGCCCGCGGGCGCGGAGAGCGUCACCUGCGGCGAAGCCGGCGACAGGCAGCAGGCCGGCGGGCCGGCAUCGGUCUCCGGCUCCGCCGGCGUCGCAAGCACUCCCGGCGGCGGCGGCGGGGGCGUGGGUGGCGCCGGGGGCCGCGAGAUCGUCGCGACCGGCGGCCGGCGGCCGCCGCUGCCGGAGUCCGGGAGCGCCCAGUUGGACAAGUACUUGCUAUACCUGCUGAAAGGGGAGCACCCACACAAAUUCCUGUGCGUCGCAGGGGCGGAGGUCCACAGGUACUAUCCAGGCUGGGGCCUGCCUGAUGACGCGUGCGCGGCUGUUGGGGAGUUUCUGCGUCUGGACCGCCGCAUACGCGUGGCCACGCUGUCUGGCAACAGGAUCGGCGAUGAUGGGGCGGAGCUGCUGGCUGGCGGUCUCUCCUCCAACCGCACCCUGCUGUGCCUUGACCUGAGCUCUAACAAGAUAGGGGACGCGGGGGCGCUGGCCAUCGCGCAGGCGCUCAGCGGCAACGGCAGCAGCGCUCUGGCGGAGCUCAACCUGAACCAAAACUGCAUAGGCGACGAGGGCGCCGAGGCGCUGGCCGCGGCGGCGGCGUCCUGCCGCCACCUGAAAAAGGUGCAUCUCGCUGGCAAUGGGAUUGGUGCGGCGCAGCUGAAGGUGGUGGCGCAGGCCCUGAAGACCCGCGAAUACAGAGUGCCCCCCACCAAGGGCGGCAGCUCCGGCGGCCUCGGGCCCCCCGCCCCCAGCCCCCGCGCCGCCGAGCGCCCCGUGAGCGGCGCGGCGGCGUCGCUGACCGCCGCGGCCGGCGGCCUGCUGCGGCGCAUCCAGUCUCACAAGCGGGACCCCUCGGUGCUGCAGUUUGACAUCGAACUCACUGACUCUGAGGACAUGCUGAGUCGCAGCGCCCAGCUGCUGCGGCUGCGGCCGGCGGCGGUCGUCGCGUCGCUGUGCGAGGCGGCGUGCCACCUGGAGAGCAGCAUCGCAUCUCAUUGCUCGUUCAUCUUAUCAGAGCUCGAAUCAGAGGCGGCUGGCGUCACUGGCAGCAGCCCCCCGGGCGACGCCGGGGGUCCCGGGAGCCGGGGCGACGCGGAGGCGUCGGGGGCGGCGGCCGCGGCGGCGCAGCCGCAGCGGGUGCUGCCUCGGCUGGCGGUGCGGCUGGCGCGGCUGGGUUACGUAGUGCACGUGCGCUGCGCGGCUGCGGCGGCGGCGCAAGGGGGCAACGGCAGUGCUGUGCAGGCGGGGCAGCAGCAGCAGCAGCAGCAGCAGGAGCAGCAGCAGCAGCAGCAGCAGCAGCAGCAUCCCCAGCAGGGGCAGCAGGGGCAAGAGGUGCAUAACGAUAUCAAAGCCAGGCAGCCGCCGGGGCAGCCGCAAUCAAAGCCGCAGCCAGGACAGCAGCAGCACGGCGAGCCGCCGCCGAUGGCCGUGGCACAGCAGCAGCAGCAGCAGCAGCAGCAGCAGCAGCAGCAGCAGCAGCAGGCGCCCAACGCACCCCAGCAGCAGCCCGUCGCAGCCGCCGCCGCCGCCCCGGCGCCGCCGGGGCGCCACGCGUUUUUGGUGGUGCAGCAACCGGACGAGCUGGCGUCGGCGAUAGUGGUGGACCCGGAAUUCGCCGCGCACUUUGCGCUGCCCUCUGCCGACCAGCGCUACCAAGACGUUAUUGCCGCGCUGCCCCGCGUGCUGGUGAUUCAGGAGUCGCGCCUCUUCUUCCUAAUCGAGGCCCUCUGCUCGGAGAUGGGCGCCGCCUUCGAAGCCCUGGGGCGCCCGCUCCCGCCCUGGCGCUGCCUCGACCCCGUCGUCGCCAGGUGGCAGCCACGGCGCUUUGUGGAUGUCCCGGUGGGAGACCCAUUGGAGGGCGCAGCCCGCGGGCGCGCGUCGCUGGCAGGCGGGGACGCGGGCGUGUCGGCGCUGGCAGAGGCGCUCGCGGCGCACGGCAUCUGCUGA